UGGUUGUGAGCCUCCAUGUGGGUGCUGGGAAUUGAACUCAGGACCUCUGGAAGAGCAGUUGGUCCUCUUAACCUCUGAGCCAUCUCUCCAGCCCAAAUUAAGGCAUUUUUAAAAACACAUUGAUGGGGAUGGAGAGAUGGCUCAGCCAUUAAAGGCUAGGCUCACAACCAAAAAACAAACAAUAACAACAACAAAAACAUUGUUAACAGAGAGAUGGGUUACAGACAGGGAGAGAUCUCAGCUACAAGCCUCAGGUGCUAUCUGAUACCAUUCUUGGACCUUUGGUUGGUACAGUUUUGUUAAUACAUUUCAAUGGUUUUUUUUUUUUUCAUUUGUUCAUUAGGACAUUAGGUCCCACACCACAGAAGUGGGCAAAGAAUACAUCUCUUGUGAACUAAAGACAGCAUGAGAUAAAUUUUAAUUAGGCUCUGGACCUGCAACAUUCCAAACUCUCCACAAUCAAUGAGUUUUAAUCAACAGCCUUUGUAGACACAGCCUUUUCCUAGGGAUUCCCAUUCACACAUUACUGUACUACAUCAGAGAUUUGCUAAGAGAAUAGAUUUAGUACUCUCUAUCAUACACCUAUACAUAGAAGGUAACCAUGUGAAGGAGACUAUGCUAUGUGACUUGUAUUCAUUAUUCACAAUGUAUAUGAGCAUGGAGAUGUGGUGCACAUUAUACAUUUUUAUGAAAAUGAUAACUUAGAAACAAUUAGUGAAUUGAACCCUAUAAUGUUUGGUAGUAAACAAGCUGAGCAACUGAACUCAAGAUAUAGAGUAUAUUAGACUAGAGGUUCCUUGUACCAAGAACAAGGAACAUAGUUAUAAGCUGGUGAGGGUCAGGAGUGUGUGAUAAUGAAACAUCUUUCAGAAGGUGAAAUGUAUUACUGGUUCUCAUUAUUCCAAGUACUCCAUCUUAGUGAGACAUCUCUCUCCUCCAGCUUCCCCAGGGAAGAAAGCACUUUUUUUUCUAAAGAGUAUUUUGUUUUGUUUUGAGACAGGGUUUCUCUAUGUAGCCCUGGCCAUCCUGGAAUUCUCUCUAUAGACCAGGCUGGCCUUGAACUCAGAGAUUCACCUACCUCUGCCUCAGGUAUGCACCACCACCACCUGGCUCUAAGUAGGAAUUUAUUAAUAUGUUUAUGUAUUUUAUGUAUGAGAGCUUUGUCUGCAUGUACACCUCCACUCCAGAAGAGGGCAUCAGUUCCCAUUAUAGAUGGUUAUGAGCCACCAUGUGGUUGCUGGGAACUGAACUCAGGACCUCUGGAGAAGCAGCCAGUGCCCUUAACUGCUCAGCAGUCUCUCCAGCCCUAAUACUUAUUUAUAGGGUCAAUGCAGAUUUCACAAGGUAAGUAUAUGAAGUCAAAUGGAUUCAAAUUCCAACUUGGGACUAUUACCGGGCUAGUUAACUGAGUUUUUACCCAUUGGACAAUACUAAACACUUUAUAGUAUUGUAAGAAACAUUUAGUAAGUAGUAGUUUAAUAUUAGAUAAUACCACUCAUGCCUCUUUUUUGCUAACUAGACCUAUAUGAAAAGUUUUAGGUUUUUUGUUUGUUUUUACAUUAGUGAGGCUUCCUGCUACAACUGAGGAUUACUGAUUACCAGACAAAAAUGAUACCAAUGAACCAAGCUGACUUUUCCAGGAGUCUUUACGGCAGUGCUGAGUAUCUAACCCAGGGCCUUGCAAAUCUCUACUAUUGAGGCAUAUUCCCCAACCCAUGUCAUUCUUUUUCUAAUCCAAGAAGGCCUUUUACUGCUUACGUGUGUUCUGGAAGCAGCAAGGCCCUAAGAUCUCACUUGCCGAAUCCCACUGAAGGCUUUCUAAGGUUCACACAUUAAACCCAAAGUAAGCCAUGAGGCUCACAGCUAGUUACCCUGUAAACUCGGAGGUGAGGUUAUGUUUCAGCUUUCUAGCUUGGUUUCCCAAAGUCUCACAAAACAUAGUGAUUGUAUCCUAAAAUUGUAAAAGAUACCCCUACGCCCACAGAAAGGAGUACUAAUAUUGCAGAACUGUUAUCCAUCCUGGGGGCGGGGGUCACAACUUGUGUCCCAAGCCAGGUCCUGCCACCUGCCCUCUAUCAGCCAAAUUAAAAGUGGAAAGCAGAGAGAGGCGUGACUGGGAAAAGGGGCAAAGAGAUCCAGUGAACCCCUCCAAAGUCCAUCUUUGAAGUCCCGAAAUGAUAUUAAAUUGUAAACAGAAUGCCAAGGAUAUGCAUCUCUAAGCAGACCAGGAAGAUAAAGUGAACUAUAAACAAAAUUUCAAUAUGUAAGAGACGGGUAUCGGCUUAGCACACCCCAUAACCAAGUACUCAGCACAAAGGAGAUUUAUUUACCCCAGAGGGACAAAAGGUAGGGAAUAAGAGACAAAGACAGGAGACAGAGGACGAGGAAGAAGGGGGAGGGAUAUUUGUCCCGGAGACAGACGUGACCCAGAGGCAAACGGCAGUUUAUAAGGGUAAAAGGGGAAACCCCGUGUUAGGAUGAGAUGUUUGAUUUUGAUUGAGCACGUUAAUUAGGGCAGCCGAAGGGGGCUUCUGAUAUCUGGACUUUGGUCGUCAGCCUCAGGAGGAGGAAGCGGCCGAAUAAGGGAACAGACCUUGGUGGCUAGCUUUAGGGAUGCGAUCUAACGGUUUUCAGCAAGGCAGAGGGAAUGGGGGCGCAGGGCAGGGCCUGCCGGAGCCACAUGUGCGCCAUGCCAGAGAUGGCCAGAGUCCCUUCGCAACCCACAUCGGGAAGGAAAGAAGAAGCCACAGGCGACCCACCCACGUGCUGUCCCCCGGACGCCGAGACCAACAUGAGCUCGACGGGUAGAGAAGGUGCCGGGGACCCCGGGUGGCUCCGGACGGGCGAGCGCUCGGACCCGCGUGGCGACCGCGAGGACCGACCGACGGACCGGGGCCUCCGACUUCCGGGCGGCGCUCGCGCCGCGUCCGCGCGUCGCCGACUCAUGACGUCACGGGGCAGAGAGCGGCGGGCUUUUCGCGCGAGCCGGUGAAGCGAGCCGGCUCAGCGUCUGUCAGCGACUGCAGCGGAGCGGCGGGGUCGGCGGGGCCAGGUACACGCGGGCGCUCGCUGCGGGGUCGCAGGGGCCGUGGGGGACACACCUGACAUCCCGGAGGAGGCGCUGACCUCGCCCCGGGCCGCCGCCGCCCGCCCCGCCCCGGCCCGGUUCCGCCCGCCCCGGUCCGGUUCCGCCCAGCUCCUUGCAGCCCGCGGGCGUCCCUCCCACAGGGAUCGGGCGCGUCCCUGGAGGCCGCCGCAGCGCUCUGUUCUGCGGUUCCUGGAUUACCUAACGUGCCCGUGUCAGCUCAGCUCCGUUACCAAGCGAACGUGGUUAAUUACUAUUAAGGACUCUCUGGUGCCUAGGAUGUCUAGUAGCCACUUGGUUUAAAGCACAAAUCUAAACUGUCCCCGUCCUCAUGACUUCUUUACCAAGCAUCGGAGAACAUACCGUAGAGAGAAUGCCCAUUGAAUACAGAAGGAGACCAACUUUUUUUGAAAUUUUUCAGGCGCGAUGCAGCACAGCAGAUUUAGGACCAAUAAGCCUCAAUUGGUUUGAAGAACUCUCUUCAGAGGCCCCACCAUAUAAUUUUGAACCUCCAGAAGAAUAUGAAUAUAAGCCCCACAAUUAUGAACCACAGCUGUUUAAAACACCACAGAGGAAGACCUCUUACCAUCAGUUGGCUUCAACUCCGAUAAUAUUCAAAGAGCAAGGUCAAACCCUACCACUGGACCAGUCGCCUUUCAGAGAAUUAGGGAAGAUCGUUGCAAGUAGUAAACAUAAAAAUCACCGCAGAACGAAGGCCAAAAUGGACCCCAUGCUUGACGUUGCCAGUCCGCCUCUGAGGUCUUGUCUCAGUGAAAGCCCUCUUCCUCUGCGAUGUACACAGGUUGUGCCACCACGAGAAAAGCCAGUGGUGCGUGGAAGUUUAUUUUCUACACCAAAAAUUGAGGAGGCUCAGACACCCAAACCUAUUUCCGAAAGUCUUGGAGUUGAGGUGGAUCCUGAUAUGUCUUGGUCAAGUUCGUUAGCUACACCACCAACCCUCAGUUCCACUGUGCUCAUAGCCCGAGAUGAGGAAGCACGAGGAACUGUGUUUCCUGAAGACUCUCCUGCUCAGGUUUUGAAAAGCCACUUUUCCAACCCCAAUGAAAGUCUGAAAAAGAAUGAUAGAUCAGUUCCCUCCGUGACUGACAGCCAAAACAAAACCCAGGGGGAAGCUUUCAGUCACAGAUUGGAGAAAAUGUUAGGGGAUUCAUCUGGCAAAACAAACAGCUUCAAAGACUGCCUCAGAAAGCCAGUGCCAAAUGUUCUAGAAGAUGGGGAGGCAGCUGCAUAUACUUCUGAAGAAGAUAGUUUCUCCUUAUGUUUUCCUAAGCACAGAACCAGAAAUCUACAAAAAAUGAGACUGGGCAAGACCAGGAAGAACAUCUUCAGUGAAGUAGGAACUGGUGAGUUCAGUGAAGAAGCCAGAAGACGAGCUGAGGAAACACAGUCAUUUGCACUUGAAAUUGAACCACGCAAUAGUGGCCCCUUAGCCCCUGAUGUGACGCACCAGAAGCCCUUUGACAGCCAAAGUGAGGAGCUCUGCCAGGCAGCUGUGCAGUCCUCAGACAGUGGGUGGUCUCAGCUAGCCCUCUCUGGUCUAACUGGAACCCAGCCGGGAGAAAAACCUCCACUUCCUAUUUCUUCUUGUAACCAAAAUAAUUCAGAAAAGGACUUCAUAGAUAUGAAGAAAGAAGGUAUUGACUCUCUUACUUCAGAAAACUCUUUGCCUCAUGGUUCUAGUUUUCCGGAACCAGAAAAGAUGUUCAGUGAGAAAACUCUGGGAGGUGAGGAACACGGACAGCGUCUUGAAUCACAGGAGGACCGCACUGCAGGGGAGCAGGCAGAGUCUGGAACUGGUCAAGCAGCCUGCCUCUUUCAGAGUGUCAGGAAGUCUGUAUUCCAGAUGAGAGGGCCGCUUGACCAGUCUCCGGGCACUGUUUCCUCAGAGAGUGCGACCAUCUCGGCCGUUACAGAAGAACCCGGAGCCUCUGCAGGCCUCUCGGGACUGCGUGCUGUGUGCUCAGAGAGAGGGGAUUCUUUGUGUCCUGGUCCGGUCGACACCGGGAGCUGGCCAACGCCUGUCACUCACACAUCUGCAGCAGUGAAAAACUCGGGCCUAAUAUCCACUCUCAAAAGUAAAAGGAGAAGGUUUAUUUACUCUGUGAGCGAUGGUGCACCUCAUCAAGGAAAAGCAGUGCAGGCUGGCAGACAGGCAGAACUCACUACCCCCUCAGCUCAGUUCGAAGCAAGUGCGUUGGAAGCUCCAUUCACGUUUACAAAUGCAGAUUCAGGUUUAUCAGAUGCUUCUGUCAAAGGAAGCUGUUUGCAGGAUGACUCUGAAGAGCCGUCUUUGUCCUUGACCCACUCCUUUGUGACUGCUUCCGAUACAGAAAGUAGUUACACUAACGUGUUGAUAGCUCAGGAUCUCAAUGGCAAAGCAGUGGUGGUCAGUGGAGAAAACCUGUGGCCGUGUACAGCCCUGGAAACUGACUGUCUGUCGUGCGUGCCAGAAAAACAGUGUGAAGAUGAUCAAAAGAGCCCCGAAGUUUCAGAUGGAAAAGAAAGCGUCCUGGUGUCAGCAUGUCGUCCUGCAGCGGGUGCAGCAGGUGCAGCAGGUGCAGCAGGUGCAGCAGGUGCAGCAGCAGUGCAUCCCAGCAGCAUUAGCUCUGCAUUACAGGAAGACCCUGCUGGUGGCCACAGCAGCACAAGGUCUCUGGAAGGAACGCCCAGCUUGAAGGUGCCUCUGUCACAGCCAGUUGUGGUGUCUAGAGGAAGAGUGUCGUGGGACAUGCCAGAGAAGCUGCAGGGUGAGAGUUGGGAAGAUAAUAGUGACUUAAGCAAACAUGUCCCCUCGGGGGAAAAUAAAAUAUGCUUCCUAAGUGAAAAUUGUAAAACCCCAGAGCUUCUGCCACCUGGAAAAUAUGUAACAGAAGCGUCCCCUCCAGUGAGGUCUCAGUUCAGUCACAAUACCAAUCUGGCAGUCAUAAGAAAGGACCGAGAAGAAGCGCUUUUUAUUUCACAAGUAGCAGUCAAUAUAAGUUCUGAACUUUUCCCAGACAAUGAGAGUAAUUUUGCCUUUCAAGUAACUCAUGAAAGUAAUAAGACUGCUCUAGGAAGUACCGCAGAACUGCAGGAAGAAGAUCUCAGCUGUGCAAACGGGCCUGGCCUCAGGGACGCUCCCACAGCAGUAGAUGGAGACAUAGGUGAUGAGCAAACAGUCCAUGCCUUGAUUACAGAAGCCUCAGGCUCCGCAACUCCGGUCCAUGUUUGUUCAGAGAAGAGUAGAAGUACCACAGAGCAGCAUCUGAAAGGAGCUGCAGACAAGGAUUUAAAGUUGAAUUCUUCCUUGGAUGUGAAAUCAGAUGGGACCGACGAGUGUACAGACAAAUGGUCAGGAUUCUUGGAUCCAGUUUUUAGCCAUAGUUUUGGAGGUAACUUCAGAACAGCUUCCAAUAAAGAAAUAAAACUUUCAGAACAUAAUAUCAAGAAAAGCAAAAUGUUCUUCAAAGACAUUGAAGAGCAGUAUCCCACUAGUUUAACUUGUGUUGAUGUGAAUGCUGGACCAUUAGCCAACCAGAAGAGACUGAGUGAACCUUAUACGUUCGAUCCGCAGCCAGUUACUGCCGUGUCUGCGCAUUCUCAGAGUUGGGCAUCUGGUUCUGGUGAAGAUACUCACACAUCACCUCAGGUGUUAUCUUCAAAGCAAGAUUUUCAUUCAAAUCACAAUUUAACGCCCAGCCAAAAGGCAGAAAUUACAGAACUUUCUACUAUCUUGGAAGAAUCAGGAAGUCAGUUUGAAUUCACACAGUUCAGAAAGCCAAGCCAUGUAGCACAGAGUAAUACACCUGAAGUGCCUGGAAACCAGAUGGUUGCCAUGCGAACAGCUUCUGAGGAGUGGGGAGAUGUUGAUCUUCGUCUCACAGGGGCUCCCUCCUCCUCCUCUGUAGGUCAGACCAAUCACAGCAGGAAAUGUAGAGGUUCUGUUGGAGGUAGACAAAGCUUCCCUCGCCUGUUGAAAGGCAGUGGUAACAAGAGUACCUCUCGUUUCUUAACGAAUAUAAAUGAAAUGGCGGGUGGGGGAUUUCACUCUGCUCGUGGCACAAAGCUUAGUGUGUCUAGUGAGGCUCUGCAGAAAGCUGUGAACCUCUUCCGUGACAUUGAAAAUAUCAGUGAGGAGACGUCUGCCAAAGCAGACCCCAGAGCUUUCUCUUCAAUUGCACAUCAUGAUUCUGAUGCUUCAGUGUUAAAGAUACAGAAACAAAACAAUGAUAAAAGUUUUGAUGGGAAGACUAGGAAGUGCCAAGUGACAUUACAAAAUAAUGCUGAAAUGACCACUGGUGUUUCUGUUGACAAAAACCCCGAAAAUGAUGCAAGAGAUACAAAAUGUGACGAUAACAGCUCUCCUGGUUCUCAGAGAAGUGCUUAUAAAGUUGAGCACUCUGAGGGUAGGACGUCCAGUACAGGUGGCACAGUUCAUAUUCGUAAAGAUGACAGUGACUUACCACGUGCUGCUGAUGAGUGCAGUAAGUGUCCUGAGUCCUGUACCCAGUAUGUGAGGGAGACAAACACUCAGAUUAAGGAAUGCAUAUCAGAUUUAACAUGUUUGGAAGUCAUGAAAGCCGAGGAGACGUGCUCUAUUCAAUCUUCAGAUAAAGAACAAUUACCUUCAGGAAAGAGGGAACAGAGUAUAAAAGAUUUUAAUAUAUCCUUCCAGACUGCAAGUGGGAAAAAUAUCAGAGUCUCCGAGGAGUCAUUGAAUAAAAGUCUGUAUAUUUUUAAUCAAGAAACAGAAGAAUUGAUCAUCUUUUCAGAUUCUUUGAAUUCUAAAUUUCAUUGUGGCAAAAAUAAAAGCAAAAUGGAUAUUUCAUGUCCCAAGGAAACUACCAGUAUUAAAAAGGUAUUUGAAGAGCGUUUCCCAGUUGGGACUGUCAGUCAACUACCAACUCUCCAGCAGCAUCCUGAAUGUGAAAUAGAAAGUAUCAGAGAACCUACUCCAUUGGGUUUUCAUACAGCUAGUGGGAAAAAAGUCAGAAUUACACAAGAAUCUUUGGACAAAGUGAAAAACCUUUUUGAUGAGACACAGUAUGUUAGGAAAACCACCAGUUUUAGUCAUCAAGGAUCACAACCCUUGAAGGACAGAGAGAGCUCCAAAGAAGGGCUUACAUUAGCAUGUGAGAGAAUUGAAAUACCUGCCUCAAAGUGUGAAGAAGAAAUGCAGGAGAAGAGCUCUGUCUCUGAGGAGGCUGCCGUGCUACCCACGCAGAGUGAUCAUCUGUGUAGGCAGACUGCAGAUCUCAGAACAUCAGAUGGGACCUCUUCUAAAGCUGAGGCUCAUGGAAACACAGACAGUGAAGUAGAAAAAAGUCCUACAGCCUGCUGCGUGAGUCGGUUGUCCCACUCAGUCACCGAAGAUGCUGUGCUGGCGUGUGAUACAGGACACGGUGGAGAAGCCUGUGUCACUGAGUCUUCUCUAUCCAAAGGCAGAAAAUGGCUCAGAGAAGGACUGGGUGAUAAGCUUGAAAAAAGAAAUGCUGCCGGAGUUGAAUGUGUAAAGGAGCACACUGAAGGCUAUGCUGGAAACGCCUUGUGUGAGCAUCCUUUCGACAGUAUCAGAAAUGAAGUUGGUACAAGUCGUGUCUCUGAAAAUCGACCUUCAGCUCUCUUUGGUGACCCUAGCGUGUGUCACAGCUGUCCAGCCCAUUCUAGUUUUUGUCAUUGUGAUAACAGGCGUGAUGACUCGGGAUAUCUCUCAAAAAACAACAUUGAUUCUGAUACUCAGCCAGACAUGAAGAGAGCUGAGGACAAUGCCAUUUUCCCCAGUGUGUCUGCUACAAAAGAAGUAAGUACAUACCCACAAACUGUAAAUGAAGAUAUCUGUGUUCCGAAACUUGAGACUGACUCUUCACCAUGUGCAAAUAAAAAUGCAGCCGUUGACUGGGCUCCUCCAGAUUCAAGGAGCUGUAAACUAAGCCCACCUGUGGUCAUUACAGCUCAUUCGCAAGAGACCGUAAGAACAGUGAAAGAGAUACUCACAGAUAACUGCAAUAAAACAAUUAAACAAAACACAAAGAGUAAACCAGAUUCUUGCCAGACAAGCUGUCCUAAAUUAGCAUUGGAUAAUUCAGAGGAGUUUAUAUGUUCUAGCUUUUUAGAUGAUGACUCACCUAAGACUUUUGUUUGUACCCACAAUGAACAAAUUUUACAGCAUAAGCAAAGUGUGUGUGGACUGGAGAGAGCUCAAAUACCUCCUGUUAAUUUGGGAGCUUGGGAUAGAUGUAAAUCUGUAAGGGAGCUUCCCCGGGCAGCCUGUGCUUCAGGCAGUUGCGGGGUUUUUAGCACUGCAAGUGGAAAAACUGUACAGGUAUCAAAUGCUUCUUUAGACAAGGCGAGACAAGUGCUCUCCAAGGUGGAUGGUGGUGCUGAGCAGUCACCUUCCGUGGUGUCUCUGGACCACUCUGGGAGAAGAGAAAACUCCGGGGUGCAUCACCCCGAGGCUGUAUCAUCACUCCCAAAACCCUUCCCAAACAAUGUCAAUUCAUCUGUAUUCUCUGGAUUUAGUACAGCAGGUGGGAAACGGGUCACAGUUUCAGAAAGUGCCUUACACAAAGUUAAGGGAAUGUUAGAGGAAUUUGACUUGAUCAGGACUGAACAUACUCUCCAGCAUCCACCUACUUCUGCAGAUGUAUCAAAAAUACUUCCUCAACGUUGUGUUGGAAGGAGAACCCCAGAAUACCCUGUAACCUCUAAAUUGCAGAAAAACUACGAUGAUAAAUUCAGUUUACCAAAUAACUAUAAAGAAAUUGGUUCUUUAGACACUACUCAGUCUGUUGAAGUUUCUCCCCAACUCUCUCAGUUUAAGCAAGACACACAGUCGGCAUUAGGAACCAGAGUGUCCCUUAAGAAGGCUUAUCUCCUGGAAAAAGAACAAACCUUACCUCAGAAUGUAAAAACAGAAACCAGUCAAAUGGAAGCUUUUUGUGAUGUUCCGGUCAGCUCUACUUCUGCUAAAGAGCCAGAGAACUGUUUUGAAACAGAAGCGGUAGAGAUUGCCAAAGCUUUUAUGGAGGAUGAUGAUCUGACGGAUUCUGAACCAAGUCAUGCCAGAUUCUCUUCGCUUACCUGCCCCCGGAACGAGGCUCUGUUAAAUCCGAGAGCUAGGAAAAGAAGAGGAGCGGCUGAUGGUGCAGUUGGACAACCCCCAAUUAAAAGAAGUUUGUUAAAUGAAUUUGACAGGAUAAUAGAAAAUAGAAGAAAAUCCUUAAAGCCUUCAAAAAGUGCUCCAGAUGGCACAAUAAAAGACAGAAGAUUGUUCACGCACCAUGUGUCUCUAGAGCCGGUUACCUGUGCACCCUUCUGCUCAAGUGAAGAAAGGCACGAAAUGCAGAGUGUACAUUUUCCCGCUCCUGCUCAAGGACUUCCGUCUAAAGGGCAGCCUUCUGGGCGGCCGGCUUUGGAGAAAUCUUCAGGCAGUGCUAUGGUUUCACUCCCGCUGACUCACGCAGUCUCUGCCACUAGAGAUGAAAGGACACGAUGCUCAGUCACCGGCAGAUCCGCCAAAGUCUUCAUCCCACCUUUCAAGAUGAAAUCGCAGUUGCACAGAGAUGAACAUUGUAAGAGCAAGAACAUUAAUUCAGAGAGAAAGAACCAGAAGAGCAGAGACGGAGACAGGGAAGAUGUGCGUGACAGUGGCGUCCGUCUGAUUGACAAGGGCAGCUUCCGUCAGGAGGCCACUAGACCCUUCACAGAGUGUGACGAGGAGCCUUUAGAUUUAAUGACAAGCCUCCAGAAUGCCAGAGACCUACAGAAUAUGCGAAUUAAAGAGAAAGGAAGGCACCAUCUCUGUCCCCAGCCAGGCAGUCUGUAUCUUACAAAAUCAUCCACCCCGCCUCGGAUCUCUCUGCAGGCCGCAGUAGGAGGCCGGGUUCCUUCUGCGUGUUCUCAUAAGCAGCUCUACAUGUAUGGCGUGUCUAAAGAGUGCAUAAACAUUAACAGCAAAAACGCUGAGUAUUUUCAGUUUGACCUUCAGGAUUAUUUUGGUAAAGAAGAUCUGUGUUCUGGAAAGGGCGUUCAGUUGGCAGACGGUGGAUGGCUGAUCCCCUCCAAUGAUGGGAAGGCUGGAAAAGAAGAAUUUUAUAGGGCUCUGUGUGACACUCCAGGUGUGGAUCCACAGCUGCUCUCGAGCGCCUGGGUCUCCAAUCACUACAGGUGGAUUGUGUGGAAACUGGCGGCUAUGGAGUUUGCUUUUCCUAAGGAAUUUGCGAACAGAUGCCUAAACCCAGAGAGAGUGCUGCUUCAGCUAAAAUACAGGUAUGAUGUGGAAAUUGACAACAGCAGCAGAUCGGCUCUAAAGAAGAUCCUGGAGAGGGAUGACACGGCCACAAAAACACUCGUUCUCUGUGUUUCUGACAUCAUGUCACCAAGCACAAGUGCAUCUGUGACCUCCGGCAGUAAAACCAGUGGUGCCGAUCCCAAGAGCCUAGACACGAUUGAACUCACAGAUGGAUGGUAUGCCAUCAAGGCCCAGCUAGACCCUCCACUUGUGGCUCUUGUGAAGAGCGGGAGACUGACCGUGGGUCAGAAGAUCAUUACCUACGGGGCAGAGCUGGUGGGCUCUCCUGAUGCCUGUGCACCUCUGGAAGCCCCGGACUCUCUUAGGCUAAAGAUUUCCGCCAACAGCACACGGCCCGCUCGCUGGCACAGCAAGCUGGGGUUCUUUCGCGACCCCAGGCCUUUCCCUCUGCCCUUGUCCUCACUGUUCUGUGACGGAGGAAGCGUUGGCUGUGUGGAUGUCGUCAUUCAGAGAGUGUACCCUCUACAGUGGGUGGAGAAGACGGCGUCUGGGUUGUACAUAUUUCGUAACGAGAGGGAAGAGGAGAAGGAGGCAGUGAGGUUUGCAGGGGCCCAGCAGAAGAAACUGGAGGCCUUGUUCACCAAAAUCCAGGCAGAGUUUAAAGACCGUGAAGAAGACACAGCACAGCGGUGCGUGCCGCCCCGUGCACUCACCAGGCAGCAGGUCCAUGCUCUGCAGGAUGGUGCGGAGCUCUAUGCAGCAGUGCAGAGUGCGUCAGACCCGGAGCACCUUGAGGGUUGUUUCAGUGAAGAGCAGCUGAGAGCCUUGAACAACCACAGACAAAGGUUGAACGAUAAGAAACAAGCCCAGAUCCAGUCCGAGUUCCGGAAGGCCUUGGAGGCCGCUGAGCAGGAGGAGGGCCUGGCAAGGGAUGUUGCACCUGUGUGGAAGCUGCGUGUGACAAGCUACAAGGGAGAGGAAACAUCAUCUCUGUUGAGUAUCUGGCGUCCGUCUUCAGACCUACAGUCCCUGUUAACAGAAGGAAAGAGAUACAGGAUCUACCAUCUUGCAGUAUCGAAAUCUAGAAGUAAACUGGAACGAGUUGGCGUCCAGUUAACAGCUACGAGAAGAACUCAGUAUCAGCACCUGCCGGCUGCCAGUGAAACCCUAGCCCAGGUGUACCAGCCCAGGGAGCCCCUUCGCUUCAGCAGAUUGUUAGAGCCGCCCUUUCGGCCUCCUUGUUCUGAAGUGGACCUUGUAGGAGUUGUGGUCUCUGUUGUAAAAACAACAGGUCUUGCUCCUGUGGUCUACCUGUCAGAUGAAUGCCUUAAUCUAGUAGUGGUCAAGUUUGGGACAGACCCGAGUGAAGACAUACAGCCACGUGUGCUGAUCGCUGCAAGCAACCUCCAGUGGCGUCCAGAGUCCAGAUCAGGAAUGCCGGCUCUGUUUGCCGGGGGCUUUUCCAUACUCUCGGCCAGUCCAAAGGAGGCCUACUUUCAGGACAGACUCAACAGAAUGAAGCAGGCUAUCGAGAAUAUCGACACAUUUUACAAGGAGGCAGAAAAGAAGCUUUCCCAUCUGCUUCAUGGAGACAGUCCCCAGUGGUCCACCCCGACUAAAGCCUCCGCUCAGGCGGCCUCCACCUGCCCUCCUCCGGAGCUCCUUGCUACAGGAGGCCGGUUGGCGCGGUUUUCACCUAACAGUGAGCAAAGCUAUCCAAGUCCUUUAUCACAUUGCACACCAAAAGAGAAGUCUGCACCCCUGACUCACUUGGCCCAGAUGGCAUCAAAGUCUUGUGACGGGGACAGAGAGAGUGAGGACCCAAAAACCUGCAGGAAGAGAAGAGCCUUGGAUUUCCUGAGUCGGCUGCCCUUACCUCCCCCGGUCAGUCCCAUCUGUACCUUUGUCUCUCCAGCUGCACAGAAGGCUUUUCAGCCACCACGGAGUCGUGGUACCAAAUGUGCAACACCUAGGGAGGAAAGAGAGCCCCGUCUCCCUCAGAGGAAGGCGCCGUCUCAGAAGGCCAGUGGCGCUUCUCUUCUGGAACAUGAUUCGGUGGCUGAUGAAGAGCUUGCCUUGCUCAAUACCCAAGCCCUUGUACCUGGCUCACCAGAAGGAAGUCAACAGGUAUUUCCUGGAGACUCUGCAAGGACCUCUGUGCCCCAAGGACAAGAGAGCCCCCAGCCAGCACAGAGGCCAGGCUAGCAUGCAGGACCCAGGUCCAGGAAGGAGUCUGUCUCGGGGAUUGCAGAGGCUGCCAUGAGCGUGAUGGAAAACUAGCUGUUGAGUCUUAGCCUCCCAGUCUGUAAAGUGUGAACAGUUCCAAACUACACGUUUGUGUGGCAAGACACAAAUAACAGCAGCACAUUCCAGAAGUGUUUGUUUACAAAUGUUCUGCCUGCUUCUCUACCUGUGUAACUAUUCAGUUGUCUAACGCUGGCCAGAUGUUAACUAAUUCAAAAGGUUUUAAAUCUUUAUGAUUAGAUUUGAACACUACAAGCAUUAUUUUACAUGCAAAAUAAACACACCUUUGCUUUUCA